CAUUCAGAGUUCUUACUCAACUAACUAACAAUAUUAUCAAUUAUCCAGUGAUAUUAAUUAUAACAAGUGUCAACAUGUCUGCAUUUUACGAAGAAUACGCAAGCAUCGUCGACAACGGUUACAACAACCGUAAAGUCGCUUCAAGAAAAGCGGCUUUCCGUAUUAAGAGUGCUUUGAAGCCUUUGCUCAGUAUGCUGAAACGUCGUCGUAGUGCCAAGAAUUGUGCUGUGCCAGUGCCACCUCCAUGCGAAAGCCUGGACAAUUCAGCUAAUGAACUCUUGGAACAAAGAUUAUUUGCUGAAAUUGAUUCAUGCAGACCUGGUGCUGCAAUCUGGACUCAAAACAAUGAAGAUUCCACUUGGGAAGCAAUGUCAAUUUACCCCGGUGCCCGUUAUGUGCCAGUACGUUUCGCAAGAACUGAAGCCGGUACCUUCUUCUGGACUACCAUCGCACCAGAACAAGCCGACCAGGACCUGCUCAGACCAUCACACUGUUACACCGAAUGUCAAGCUCCCUGCAUGCAAGACCGAUGGGUUCAAGCUUAA